GCAACAUUGAGGAGGAUCGCAUAUCUUCUCGCGUGGUACCUACUUGAGGGUGAUUGACUCCAACAUGUCAGACGACCCUAGGUCCGAGACAGUUAUUGGUCCCCCAAGAGGGGAGGGACCGGUCUCAUAUCUUGGAGAUGGUUAUAGUCAUUUGGUCGGGCCAGACUUUGCUAUGCAGGCUUAUCGAAAGCCCCUUUACAGAGACCGUUUCCUCGAGGUAUCCUACAUCUUCUCUGGUGGGAGAGGACGGAUUGAGAUAUUGAUUGGAGCUACAGGCAACAUUAUCCUUGCGAAGGAGCUUUAUCUCAGGAGCAUUGCAGACGAGGAGAUGGUGAGGUGCAUGGCCUAUAUCUGCAAGAUUGAUCCAGCAGCCCCUCUCGACAUCAGCUACGUGGUUCCAGAGUCGAUAGCCACGCGAGUUCUCAAUAACGAGGAGCCAGAUAUGGAUGAAAAAACGUUUCCCUACAAGGUAAAGCGCUGCAUAUCCUUGGAGGAGAAGCAUGCCCCUGGGAAGGCGUAUAUCCUUAUAGUGAAGUUUCUUGACACUGAGAAGGUACCUACUGAAAAGAAUCGAGCCGAUGGGCUGAGCCGCGUAGAAUGGGGAUCAAUAGAUGAUGAAUCUCUUGAGGAGGCACCCUUCGUUGACGAAUUCCUUAUGGAAGACGAUGAUGAAGGAUUACCUCCAGCUCUCAGUUGUUAUACAGCCUCAACCAUAACAACGAGCAGGGAAGACUGCUGGGGAGAAAAGGAAGAGCCUUACAUCCACUACCUCCUAACUCAAGAGGAUGAGGAGGAAGGAUGGUAUGGGAUGGUAGAACAAGCUGUUGUUGCAGCUCAUGAGUUGGCAGAGAGUUCAAGGAUGGCUGAGCGAAGGCUAAAUGAGAUAGAGGAAAAGUCGGAUGACCAGGAGCAAGAUAAGGACGCUGAAGAGAGAUUUAGGAAGGAUGAGUAUGGUGGGGAAUAUAAGAGGAUCGGUAUGGUAAUGAGCGGUAAUCAGUUGGAUGAAUUCUACCAUGAGAAAACGAAGAGAACCUUUAGGUUGCGUAGGGGUCAUAUUUUUGUAGAUGCUAAGGAAGGAGUGCCGCCACUAAGAGUAGUGUGUGGUAACCCCCUCCAGGAUUUCACCAAGGAAGAUCGGAGGAGGGCUAAUGAAAGGGCUCGGGAUUAUCGAUGGGUAGAGGCGCCCGGAAGCAGCCGCAACCCACCGUCACAGCGCAGUUAUCUGGACCCGCACGAGAUAGUCGAUCUCGCCUUCUUUCAAAAUCGGACGGCCUCCGAGAACGAAGAGGUAGAGAUUGAAGCGGAAGAGGAAAGCUCGGAAGAAGAAGAAGAAGCUGAAGAAGAGGCCGAUGAGGAAGAAACUCCCGAAGAGGGGAGUUACAGUGAGCACAGCGAAGGGGAGCAAAGUGAGGAGGAGGAGGAGGAAGAAGAACAAGACGACGAGGAGAAAGAAGAAGAAGACCAGGAGGAGCUAGAAGAGUCGGAGUGGGAAGGAUUUGAGGAGGAAGUGCGUGACGAGGCUCGGGCGCAGGCCCAGGCGCAGAAGAGGGAAGAGACCGCGGUCGGGAAGCGACAGUUGGAAUUCGCCAGCGCAACCAGUCAGCCGCUCACCGACGAUCCGGCCCAGGAUCCAGAGCCACCUAAGCCCGAGGAUGGGGACCCAGCUGCCAAGACUUCAGCCGCACCGGCAAGACGGCGACGAAGCCGAUCCCCCUCCCCCUCCACCACCGGCCGUCCACCAACUCGUCCGCGUACCGAUGCGGGGCAACGGGCUUCGUCCCCGGUCAUUAUCCCGUCGUCCCCUUGACCACCUCUCUUUCCACCAGAUUACCACUCGCGUCACCUUCCCCAACA